AUGUUGUUUUUCGCGUGACGCAACUGGCCACCUGUCCCAUAGCAGCACACCGGUGUCCCAGAACCAAUUUACAAAGCCAUGGCGUCGACCUACCACUACCGGCUACCAUAUCCUCUCCCAUUGACUGCUGCACCCCCAGCGUCCGCAUCCCGCUGCCGCUUCCCGAUGGCCUCCAGCGCCCCCCUCGGGGUCACGGUGUCCACAUCAGAGAGUGUUGGUCAGAAUGACUUGCUGAUUGUCGGGCCUGGUGUGCUUGGUCGAAUCGUAGCUGAGAAAUGGCGACAGGAGCAUCCAGAUUGCAAAAUUUAUGGCCAGACUGCAACCACAGAUCAUCACAGUGAACUAACUAAAAUUGGGAUAAUUCCCUCCCUGAAGGGACCCAGAGUUGAUCAGAAAGUUCCGUACGUUAUUUUCUGUGCUCCUCCAUAUCGCACGGAUGAUUACCCUGGGGAUCUUAGGAUCAACUUAAAUUCAAAGAGAAACAGAUGGAUGGGGCAUGCACUAUUUGCAGGAACUGCACAUGGACACACAAAUUUGACUGCUUUUUUUGGAGGAGUUGCUGCAUCAAACUGGAGUGGGGAAGGCUCUUUCCUGUUUACAUCAAGUACUGCCGUGUAUGACUGCAAUGACAAUGGAUUUUGUGGCGAGGAUUCUCCUUGUGUGCCGAUUGGUAUGAGUCCUCGGACUGACGUCCUCCUAAAAGCAGAAAAUGUCGUCCUCGAGGCAGGAGGCUGUGCCCUGAGGCUAGCAGGGCUUUAUAAAAAGGAUCAAGGUCCUCAUGUUUUCUGGUUGUCAAAAGGAACUGUAGAUGCACGACCAGAUCUCAUAAUCAGUAUGAUCCAUUAUGAAGAUGCUGCUUCGCUUGGAAUUGCCAUCAUGAAGAGGAGACUUCGCGGGCGUGUCUUUGUGGGCUGUGACAACCAACCUCUGUCCAGGCAAGAAAUAAUGGACCGUGUUAACAGGAGCGGGAAAUUUGAUGGCAAGUUUGAGGGCUUCACAGGUACAGACGGUCCAUUGGGGAAGAGGAUGGAUAAUUCCAAAACUCGGGCUGAGAUCGGCUGGGAGCCCAAAUAUCCUAGUUUCACAGAAUUCCUUGGUCUCAGCAAUUGACAUCUUGCCAGCUGCAACAUCCCUCUGAUUCCAUAUGUAAAUCAAUACCGAUUUGAUAGCAGAUACAAUCUGCAUUAUGAAUUUCUUCGACAGUUGUCCUAAAGUUCCUCCUCCUUAUGUUAGUGUAAGCAUGAGUAGGUACCUCCAAAGUUAUCUGGACUCUUUGAUCGGUAUUAAGUUCAAUACAAAUAUAGAUCCAAGCAAA